CCAGAACAUCGAGGAGUGAACUCUCCUACAAAUAUGGAGGUUUCAGCGAAAAACAUCAGCUGUGGUCUAUCUGAGUCUGGCCUAAAUGCCAGUGUUGAGCCUUCCUCCUCUGUUCAGCUUCGUUCUGGGAGUCGAACACUGAGGAUUGACCAGCUUACUCCUCUCUGUCGGCAACUGAUUGCCAGGCGCUCAAUCCUGCCUGCUCUGAAGCCAAAAACUGUUCCUGUGAAGUGUGUCAAAAAGCAGAUCUUCACAGAUGGACAUCUGAAAGCUAGAGCAGUGAGCGCUCCUAGACCUCAGAUGAAGGUUUCAGUGAAAGACAUCUUCUACCCGUCUGACCUGACUAGUGUUGACCAUUCUCCUAAUUCUGGGAGUCCAGCUGUCAGGAUGGAUACACAUACGCCUUACCGCCAGCAGUCUGUUGCUGUGCUCUCAAACCCGCCUGUUCUGGAGUCCAAGUAUCAUGUGAAGCCUGUCAACCAGCAGAGCUUCACAGAUGGACCUCAAAAACAUCAGGUGAAGGUUUCAGUGAGAAACAUCAGCUACCCUGCAUGUGUGUCUGAUCUGAAUGACAGCGUUGAGAUGAAGAUGAAGGAGGAUGUGCCUGUUGUGAAGGCAAAAGGUGUUCCUGUGAAACCUGUCAGUAGACAGAAGUUCACUGAUGGACCUCCUAAGUGUAGAGCGAGCACUUCUAACACUCAGAGGAAGGUCUCAGUGAAAGACUUCCCCUUCCCUUCAUGUGUGUCUGGCCUGAAUGUCCGUGUUGACCGGCCCUCAUCUCGUCUGCCUCCAUCUGGAAGUAGAGCAGUAAGGAUGGAUGAACGCUUGCCUCUCCACCGGCAGUCAGCUGCUGUGUGCUCAAACCUGCCUCUUCUGGAGCCACACCGAGUUCAUGUGAAGCCUGUCAACAAGCAGAGCUUCACAAACGGACCUCCAGAACGCAGCAUGAGCUCUCCUAAACACAAGACUGAAGUGUCACUGAAAAACAUCAGCUUCCCUCUGUGUGAGUCUGACCUGAACGCCGGUGUUGACCACUCUUCAUCUCCUCUGGCACAUUCUGGGAGUCCAGCAGUGAGGAUGGUCAAACCUACACCUCUCCGCCAGCAUCAUGUUGCUGCUCCCACACGCUUGUCUGUAUUGAAGCCAAGCUGUGUUUCUGUAAAGCCUUUCGAUGAACUCCCUUCAUGUUCGUCUGAUCUGAAAGUGAAGCCUCAACUUUCCUUACCCAGACUGCCAGGCUUUACAAGUCGACUAGUGAACAAGCGUGAGUCUUGUCCAUUUGAGGAUGAGGAUGUCAGGAUGAAGAGGGCUCAGCCAGCAAAAAGUAACCCACUUCUGCUGUCAAGAUUUCCCUCUGCAGUCUGUUUUUGAGUGUACAGAACUGCUACAAAUCUUCCUUUGUGCA